AUGACUUCUCUUCCUGCCUUCACACCAACUCACCCAGCAUCCAAUCGAUCAUACACAGCAGAGGAAUGGGAGAAGAAGCGCCUCGUUAUCACUCAAUUAUAUCGCGAUGAAGCCAAACCACUUCAUAUCGUUCAAGUCAUACUUGCUCAAAACCAUGAGUUUCGUCCGAGGCAAGUCCCCUGCUCCAAAUUAUGGGCAAAGCUUCUGACCUAUUUCAGUGCCGCGAUGCUCAAAAAGCGCAUCCGAAAAUGGGAGCUAGAUCGUAAUAAGAAGAAUGCUGACAUGCUCUUCGCCCUGAAGCUCGCCUUCGACCGAGAGGUCAUGGGGAAGAAGACAGUAUUUUCGAUUAGAGGUCGCCUGGUGACUUUCCAAGACGUCAAGCACUACUUUCACCGCAAGGGAGUCCGUGAUGUGAAAGCAAUUAUCGCUGCGACGGAUUAUUUUUCACCCACCACACAAAUAGAUUGCCGCACCCCUGAACCAGAGAAGCCUGAUGGUGGAAGAGCUACCCAGAAUGUGGAUCCCAAAGAGAGUGUCGAAGAUUUGAGCCAGCCAAAUAGCAAUUUUACAGCAAGCAACACCAGCACCAGCGCCGGCUAUGGCGUUGUGGCAUUUCCCGAUCCUGGUCAAAUAGAUCGCAAUGCGCCCUCAAUAUCAGCAUUCCGCCCGGUUGAGCAGUUGCUUUAUCUUAGCCAAGCCUACUACAACGGAAUAUUCGAUAAUCCAGCAUGGAGAAACAACCACGACUACUUCAAUGUUGACACUUUAGAGAUGUUCUACCAUCACAUGUUUGAUGGGCAAUUACUUCUCGAGGAGAACAAAGUCCCUGAAGCCUUUGUGUACUUGAACCAGGGCUUUGACUUGGUCCAGUCCCUGUUGGAACAACAAAGCCUUUUGUUUCUUCCGUAUCUGUUUCACCUGCUGCUACCAGACCGAGGAAUGUGCCGCACAGAAAUUGUUUUAAGGCUCUUGGGCUUUACUCAUCAAAUGAGCUCGGUAUAUUGGCCGCAAUUGCAUCCAAUUCAACAAUCGCUGAAGCUUUUGGGCUGCAUGUCACUUGAAGAGCGAGGGGAGUCCUCCAGGCGUGCGUUCCAGAGCGUUCUGGAUAGAGUGAGGAUCGAAUUCGAUGAUAUACCCGGCCCAUUGGAGAUGGACAUAAAUGCACUUUGUCGUCGAGCACGCAUUACUUCUGGUGCUGAGCAAAGGCUAGAUAACAAUAGGCUGAUGGAGGUGUUGCGAUCAGACAUGUCUCAGGACGACAAUCUAACUCUGCAUUGCAAAACUCUCGCUUUGAGGCUGGAUGCAGAGAAAUCCAAGGAGUCAGCAAUGGCAAGCACGGAAGCAUGCCUCCCCAGAUGGGAAUCCCACGAGGGCAUUCAGCUUCCUUCUACGUUCGAAGAACCGCUUUCCAUACCAGAAGCCUCACUAGACCUCCACACCCUCAAUCCACUUUUGGAAUAG